AUGACCUCUACGCCCACUCCCAACCGCGGCCUUGUGGUUUUCUCGGGAGGAAGUGCGGCGAACAAUCUGGUCGAUGUGUUCAGCGCUGUGCGUGAGAGCAAAAACUGUCUGCUUAGCUACAUCAUCCCCAUCAGUGACAAUGGAGGCUCGUCCUCGGAGCUGAUCCGGAUCUUUGGGGGCCCUGGGAUUGGUGACGUGCGAAGUCGAUUGGUCCGUCUAAUUCCCGAGUCAUCGCCGAAUUCUGAACGGGCCGCCAUCAAGACUCUUGUCAAUCAUCGCCUGCCCCCCCACGCUGCUGCAGCCUCGGCGGAGUGGCAGUCAAUUGUCGAUGGCACCUCCGAUCUGUGGCGGUGCAUAACGCCCGCGAAGAAGGAGCUGAUCCGCUCAUUCUUCAACCUGCUGAACCUGGAAAUCUUGAAACGCGCCAGGCCGCCCUCGUCCACAUUUGACUUCACCUCCGCCAGUGUCGGCAAUCUAUUUCUGACCGGGGCCCGCCUGUUCAGCGGCAGUUUCGAGAGUGCAAUUUACCUCUUGAGCAGUAUCUGUGGUGUCCCUUCGGACGUCGUGCGCGUGAUCCCUGCUAUCAACUCCAAUUUUUCCCAUCACAUCUCGGCCUCCCUGGCAGACGACACCGUCAUCGUCGGCCAAAACAGCAUUUCCCACCCUAGCGAAGCAACUGCCCUGCAGCCGCGACCAGGAUCCCGACGGCCCAGUCUGCUUCUCGCCGAUGGAGCCGAAGACAUCGAGCCGCCCGAUGUCUCGGAUUCAAUCUCCUACGAAGAUGACCACAUGCCCGGGUCACUACCCACGCUGCGCAACAAGAAUAUCCAAUUCUCCAAGACCGAGAAUGAGGAUCUCCCCUCGCGCAUCACCCGGAUCUGGUAUAUUAACCCCUACGGCCAAGAGAUCCGACCCCCAGCCAAUCCGCGCGUCCUUGAAGCACUACACGACGCGCAAGCCAUCAUCUACAGCAUCGGCUCCCUCUACACUUCCAUCAUCCCCUCACUAAUCCUCCGCGGCGUCGGACAAUCUAUCGUCACCAGUCCGGCUCGCCACAAAAUCCUCAUCUUGAACGGGUCCCUGGAUCGCGAAACUGGUCCCCCUUCCGAACCCUUCACUGCCGUAGAGUUCGUCGCGGCGAUCACUCGCGCCGGGGAGGAAAGUCGCGGUCGACAGAAACUCUACUUCCCCGAGCAUCAUGACCAUCCCUCCUCCUCUCCCAUCUAUCCUGAUGCUCCCUACUCCUCCUACGUCACUCAUGUCCUACACCUAGAAGGCCCCGGUACCCCCUGCGUGGAUCGCGACCGUCUCGCCGAGAUGGGCAUCGAAACUCUCCGCCUCUACGGUCGGAAGAUCGUAGCCAUCGCCCCGGAUGGGUCUGAGACCCCUGUCGGCAUGAAGUACGACUCCACCGCGCUCGUGCAGGCAUUGGAAGUCGUGCUGGGAAAAAAAGGUGAUGCCAUGCUUCGCGGAGCUGAUGGGAAUGCCUUGAGUCGCAGGAAUACCUUGGAUCCUGGACAGAAAAGACGAGUUCCCUCAGGUUGA